AUGGGUACCCAGUCGGGCCUUCUAGCAGCUACAUGUGCGGCGUCAGCGUUGGCUAUUGGUAUUGCUCUAUGCAUAACCGUUGCCAUGUUGUCCGAUAUUAACAGCUUCUAUGAUGAUGUCAUAUCUGACUUAGAUGAGUUCAAAGGAUACGCUGAUGAUGCUUGGAAGCAAAUGCUGGACGUACCAUUCGUUCGUCAACGUCGUCAAUACAGCGAAGGAGGUGUCGGAGCAUCUGUCGGCAUUGCUGGAGCUCACCCUGGUGGACAAGCUGGUGGAUCACAGCAAUGCAAUUGCGCCGCAUCUAGCACAGGUUGCCCUGCCGGUCCCCCAGGAGCCCCUGGUCAACCAGGAACUGAUGGUGAACCUGGAACACCAGGAGAGGCUGGACAUGAUGGUAUGGAAGGAAUGAUGGCUAUGCUCAUGACAAUGAUGGAUGGAUGUGUUAAAUGCCCCGCUGGAGAACCAGGACCAGCUGGACCUGACGGACCUCCAGGACCACCAGGCCCUGAUGGAAACCCAGGACAGGAUGGCGAAGGUGGAGGAGCUGGAGCAGCUGGAGAACCAGGACCAGCAGGACCAGCAGGACCUGACGGAAAUCCAGGAGCUCCAGGAGGCCCUGGACCAGAUGGAGCCCCAGGUGUAAGAAUGAUGAACGUUCCUGGCGGUGAAGGUCCAGCAGGAGAAGCAGGACCAGCUGGACCAGCUGGUCAAGACGCUCCAGCUUCAGACGCUCCAGCCGGGCCACCUGGACCUGCAGGAGCUCCUGGAAAUAACGGAGGACCAGGACAAGACGGAGCCCCAGGAGAGCCCGGAGCUGAUGGAACUCCAGGGUCUGAUGCUGCAUAUUGUCCUUGCCCACCAAGAACAGCUCUUUCUCAAGCUGUUGAAGGUGGCGGAGCCGAGAGCCAAGUUCAACCUCAAGCAGGUUAUCCAAGCCCAUAA